AGAAAGAAGAAUGAAUAGUUUCAAGAAAUUCCUCAACAAAAAGCGAGUCCAGAAUCACUUCAAAAAGAGCGGUGAAGGUGUUCGUUUGUCAUCCGGCGAGUCAUCUUCGCAGCCUUCUGCCCACGCUGGAGCCGCCCAGGGAGGCCAAAUUGAUCGUGUCGCGGCCGCUGAUAUUGCUGCUCAGGCUGCUUUCAAACGGAUGCAGAAGAAUGAACCUCAACAAAAUGCUGGAAAACGAAGAAUUCAAAUGAUUGCAAAACGAGAGCUGGAAGAAGAGAGACGUCAGGUUGAAGAUCUCAACAUUUCUGGGACUUCAUCACUGCAGCAACCCGACCGUGAGCAACACCUCGAGCAUUCAUCCGCAAUAUCACGUGUUCUCUACACUUCCGAGUUGCUCGGUGAGCAUCAUAUUCGCUCGAAAGCAGAUCUUCUUGAAGAUAUCAAAAAUUUCCUUUCUGAUCAGAUCAGCGAGGCGGAUGAUGAAAACGAUAAAGUGAUUGCCGCAGUUUUGAUGCUCUAUUCACUUAAUAAGAAACAUCCCAAGGAGACUGCCAUCGAAACAAUCUGCAAGUAUUGUCAAAACAUUUUGGAACACCCAGGAGAGGAUAAAUACAAAUCAAUUCGUUUGGGAAAUAAGGCAUUCCAAGAACGAGUUGCAUCAGUAGUUGGAGGACGUGCAUUCCUUGAAGCUGUUGGAUUUACUGAGAAAUCUGAAGGAGAAGACAAGUUCCUUGUGUUCACAAAACCAUCAGAUGUUCAUUUGGUGGAGGCUCUGGAAGCUUUGAAGGAUGGGCAGGCUGUGCCUAUAAAGGUUGCUAGAAAUCUAGAGAUCUUCAAGCUAAAAGAGGGGCAAAAACCGAAAGCACCAAAGUUGGCAGAUGAUUUUUACAAUUUGUCGACUGCUGAACUCAAAGCCGAACAGAGAAAUAAGGAGAUGCAGGUGGAGAGAAUGCUGACAUUGCGUACGAAGGAAAUGAGACAAAAAGACGAACAAAUGACCAAUUAUCGCUACAAAUAUACGUUGAUUCGUGUCAGAUUGCCUGGAAAUUUGUUGAUGCAGGGAGUAUUUGGUUGCCAUGAACCAUUUUCCGCAGUCCGUGUCUUCGUUGCUUCAACUCUUUCCGAUGCUCUUUCGACAUCCGAAUUCACUCUUCGUGACGCUGCCAGUCAACUCGUGGAGGAUGAAUCUGCAUCGUUGGCUCAACUCAGUCUUGCUCCAGCUGCUCUUCUUCAUGUCGUCUUCGCUGAAAACCUGUCUGAUUAUGGACAAAUCGUUGCCGAUGAGCAUAUCGAAAUUAUCCAGGAGCUUGAAGCUUCCGACUAAUUUUUGUAUAAUUUAAAAAUAUAAUUCCCGGCUAUUAGUGUGAUAUGUUUGUCAUUAUUUUUUUCCGGUACUGCUGAUGUUUUAUUUCGCCUAAUCGCUUUCGUUGUAUUUAACUUAUAAGAUGCAAAAAGAUUCGAGCAGCAUAUUAAAGAUUUUGUACAGAA